AGGGGGUUCCUGUUUGUGUCACAUGUAAAGAGAGCCGGUGUCAGUCAGGAAGGAAAACAUUUAUAGAGGGCAACAGUAUCUAUUUCAUCGAGGUAUCAUCAUGGCACCGAUGUGAGGUUGGUAUGUUUGGCCGAGGAUCAUAUUUCCGCUGGAGAAGGUCUGCCCUUUGGCAGAGUUUUGCCUUGCUCAGCCCAUCAGCCACUGGGAGAGGCUAACAGUGAAGCAGCAUGUCCAGUGGGAAUGAGUCCUGUCUGUUUGAGAAUGGAUCCGUCAGCCUCCUCUCCUGCUUAGUUCAUGUGUGGGAGGAGUGGGUAGGGCUCGGGCAGCUCGAGGACUACCUCAGUUUCUUGGAGUAUUUGCUGUGGGUUUUCACACCUCUAGCAGUGGUCUUCAUCCUGCCUUUUCUCAUUGUUAUCCUCCUCUAUCUAUCCAUACUCUUCCUCCAUGUGUACAAACGCAAGAUCCAGCUGAGGGAAGCUUAUUCCAAUAACCUGUGGGAUGGUGCGAGGAAAACUUUGGCAACCCUAUGGGAUGGACAUGGAGCUAUUUGGCACGGUUAUGAAAUCCAUGGUUUAGAGAAGAUUCCAGACGAAGGACCGGCUCUCAUAGUCUAUUAUCAUGGGGCGAUUCCUAUAGACUAUUAUUAUUUCUUGGCAAGUGUUAUCAUUCAGAAGGGAAGAACUUGUCAUUCGGUGGCAGAUCAUUUUCUGUUCAAGGUCCCAGGGUUUAAGCUCCUCUUGGAAGUGUUUAGUGUGAUCCACGGACCGCAGGAGGAGUGUGUGAAGGCCCUUCGGAACGGCCACCUCCUGGGCAUCUCUCCUGGAGGAGUACGGGAAGCCUUGUUCAGCGAUGAGACGUACCCUCUGAUCUGGGGCAAACGCAAGGGAUUUGCACAAGUGGCCAUUGACUCUAAAGUGCCAAUUAUACCAAUGUUUACUCAAAACUUGAGGGAGGGAUUUCGCUCUCUAGGAACAUUAAGAUUUUACCGAUGGGUGUAUGAGAGGUUUCGUCUGCCUAUAGCGCCCAUCUAUGGAGGAUUUCCAGUCAAAUUUCGCACCUACUUGGGUGACCCCAUUCCGUACGACCCCAAACUCAAUGCAGCUGAGUUGGCUGAAAAGGUGCAACAGGCAGUUCAAGCACUUAUCGACAAACACCAGAAGAUACCUGGAAACGUCCUCCGAGCUCUUUUGGAGCGAUUCCAAAGGGAACACAAAGAAGAUUAACACACUUGCCUUCUCUCAGACUGAACAAAUGAAUAUGCUUCAGGCAUAAUUCUGAAUAAAACUGAAUACUGGAGACUUUAUAAUAUUGUUACACCAUGAGAUUAGCAACUACUGAUGAUAUAGUGGAUGUAUCAGCAUGUGUAUCAAUGUUGCAUAUCAAAUAAUGGUGCGUGUCUUUGUAAUGUCUGGUUACAUGUAGUCUUGUGCAUGUUGAAGAGUGUGUGUUCUUGAGUUUUGUGUGAAUAAUUUGUUUUUUUUUUGCACACUUUGGUUUUAAUCAAAGGACCACUGCCAAAUAGUUUGUCCACAAAGCCUUUGGUUAGUUUUUUAUGUCCUUUUAAUAAAAAAACAACAACAUUCUUUCCUGGAAAUCGAUAAUAUUAUAUGAAGUUCUAAAUUUAGGUUUGGGAGAAGCUUAAUUGUUCAGUUCUGUCAGUCAUCAUUACGAGCGUAUCCUCUAUUUCUCUAAUUCUCAUAAUACCCUUAUGGGGGGGUUGAGAUCGGAGUUUGAGCCUCCGUUGAGGACAGCAAGCUAAGUUCGUUUAGGUGAAUUUGUGAAUAAUCUAUCUGAAGGAAUUAAUUAAACAUUGUGGAUACUGUGAUUUUUGGGAUUUUAUAAGCACACUUAAUAAUGAUAAGAGAGACAUUCUUGAACAUUUGUUCUGAUGUUGAAUACUUACACGUUUUAGUCUGUAUUAACUGUCAGAGGCAAACUGCUGUCUGUUUGAUACCGGUUUGCCCUGUUCUCAGAACAUAUUAUAACAUUCUGGUUAUAAAAAAGAAGUAUGCAAACUCUAAUGAUUUUAUAGAGACGGCAUACAGGUCUUACAGAAUUAAUUUUGUAACAUUCCUGAAAUGUAUGGAUUUACUAGUACAUUAAAUGCUAUUUCAUCUAAGUUAUCAAAUCUGUAAUUUUACAAGAGAUUUUAUUAUUCACAAUAAAACUGCAUAUUCCUAUGGA